CGCACGGAGAUCAUAAUUAAAUUAAGAACCUCAGGGAAGGUGUGUGUGAAUCCCGAAGCCCCCUGGGUGAAGAAGCUGCUGAAGCGCAUUGCUGGCACGAAGAAAAAAUAGGUUUCCUGCUAAGGAAGUUGGUGCCCAGAGCCCCGAGGUGGGCUGGCGGAUGAUGCCCAGGUGUGCAGACCUGGCUGCUCCUCAUUUGGCCCUCUCUUCCUCCCCUUCCUGAAAGUCCCACGUCUGGCUCUGGUGGCAGUGGCUGUGGGGAGGGUGGCUCGCUGCUGGCCCCAGCCCUGUGGCAGGUUCGUGGGGGGUUCUCCCCUGCUCUUGGUCUCUGGAUCAGCGUGAGUGUGAAUCCUUCAUUUAUUUAGUUGCCUGUGGACUGCAAAACUGUUCCCUCUCAGGGGCUGCUCCUGCUUCUUUAGGAAUGACUUUGUGACUUUUUCCAUGUGAAGUGCUCAGCAACAGAGUGUGUGUCUGAGGGUUGUGUGGCAUGUCCCGUUCCAGAAUCUCAAGCCAAAUAAAAUUCAGGACUUUUCUUUCUGUUCUAUUUUCCAUGGAUCUCCUAGCUUUGAAGCUGUGUAUGGCAUAGAAUCAUGGUUUGGAUCAGAAGUGACCUCAAAGCCCAUGCAGUCCCACCCCCUGCCAUGAGCAGGGACGUCUUCCACUAUCACAGGUUGUUUCAGAUCCUGUCCAACCUGGUGUUGGACACCUCCAGGGAUACAGGGGCAGCCAGAGCUUCUCUGUACCAGGGCCUCCCCACCCUCUCAGGGAAGAAUUUCCCCCCACUAUCCUAUCUAACCCUGCCCUCUGGCACUGUGAAGCUGUUCCCUCUUGUUAGGGGUCCUUCCCAUCACAACCUGUCAUUUUCCCUGGUGGUGAUUUGAGGGCACGAUAUUGGUGGUAGGGAGAUGGGACAAUCCAGCCAAAGUGCCCCACAUCCAAGUGAUGGAGCUGGGAUUUACAGGUGGCUGUAAGGCUUUAGAAACCAGUCCAGGCCAGUAAGGAAAUAUGUCAGGAAUGGGCAUGAGGUCACUUGGCAGAGUUUUGGGGUAAAAAAAAAAAUCAAAAGCAAAUGUCAGCAGGGCGCUGCUGGGCUGUGCCUUGCAGGGGGACAAGGCGGUAGUAGGGGAAAUGAGCAAUUCCUGAUCGUGCAGGCUAGAAAAGCACCCCAGAAAACCUCCGGGCUCGUGGGGCUGUGUGCGCUGAGAACGAAGCUGGAGGAAACGGCCGAGAAAGGAAGGGGAAAAGCAGAGCCGGUUUCGGGAAGCCGGGCCCCGCGCCAAGCCCCAAGCCACGUUUUAUCGGCAGCGUUGCAAACUCAGCGAGCGCCGUCAGCAGCGACAGGGGUCGGGCAAAACCACGGCGACCCCGGGGCCUCCCGUGCCGCCUCACUUCUCCUAUUUCCCAGCUCAAAUAGAGGGAUGCUGCGGGGCCCGGGGCUGGGGCCGGCAUGGCUGUGCGGGCAGCCCUGCUGCUGGCGGUGCUGCUGCUGUCCCAGCGCCCUGGGGACACAGCAAUCCUGGAAGCCAACGGCAACCUGAGCUGCCGCUGCCUCAAGAGCACCCGAACCUUCAUCCCGCCGGAGAGGUACAGCAGCAUCGAGGUGUGGCCCGUGGGGAGCAGCUGCCGGCGCCCCGAGGUGGUGAUUAAGCUGAAGAGCCUGAAGAGGGUGUGCGUAGAUCCUGACACCCCUUGGAUGAGGAAACUCUUGCAGGACCUCCCUCACCUGAGGAAGAAAAAGGCUCCCCGCUGAGGAAGCUGCCACCAGAGGCAGGCCAGAUGUGCUGGGCCCAAAACUGCCUCCCUUCCCCAUCCUGUUGUUGGCUUAGCCCAGUCCAGAGGGGAGCAUGCUGCUGCCUGAGCCCCUUUUAAUGCCUUUAAACCCUUAAAAAUGCCCAUCCCUGCUUCCAGCCUCUCCCAUCCCUCAGCCAUGCACUGGGUGUCCCUUUUGGGCGUGGCUCAGCAGGCCCAAUA